CAAAAAAGAAAUCCCAAUCCAUCAGUUGUAAAGGUUUGUUUUCUUCGCGGUUUCUUCCAGGAUCAGCUGGUGGCUUUGGUAACAAUCGCUUUAAAUCUCUCAUAAACUAGUUUGGGCUGUUUAUAAAGAAGACAUUGUUGUAAAUUUGCUUCUGUAUUAUUCUCAAAUUGAUAAAAUUCCACGGAGGUGGAGCAAAGUGCAUGAAGAGCUUGAUGGCCUGUCACGAGUGGCGACGCAUGCGGUGUUAAUGAAACAAGAGAAAAAGCAGUGAUUUUGGGAGGGUUGCGCCUCCUGAGUUGUGGACUUGGGUUGUUGUCAGCGAAGAGUUCGCAUGGGACAAAGCGAUUCGAGUUUCGCCCUCAUCUACACCUUGUGGCGUUAGCUGGAGAUGCUGACAUCACUUCCUCAUUGUGUUCUCGGCACACUAAAUCGCCUGGAACCUCCAAGCAAGGAUGUUAUCUAAGGAGAUUUUAAGAAGUUCGCAGACCGCCGAGGCUUCUGUGACGGAUAACCGCGAGACCUGGGGCAAGAAGGUCGACUUCCUGCUUUCGGUCAUCGGUUUUGCUGUCGACUUGGCUAAUGUUUGGAGAUUUCCGUAUUUGUGCUACAAAAAUGGCGGUGGAGCUUUCUUGGUCCCUUACUGCAUUAUGUUGGUAAUCGGAGGCAUUCCAUUAUUUUACAUGGAACUUGCAUUGGGUCAGUUUAAUAGAAAAGGUGCCAUAACCUGUUGGGGUCGUUUAUGUCCGCUCUUCAAAGGAAUAGGGUAUGCUGUGGUGUUGAUAGCUUUCUACGUCGAUUUUUACUACAAUGUAAUAAUUGCGUGGGCUUUACGAUUCUUCUUCGCCUCCUUCACCAGCAUGUUGCCGUGGACCACUUGCGACAACCCUUGGAACACCCCCAACUGCCGCCCUUUUGACUUCCCUUCACGAAACCUGACAGAAAACAACAAAACCGACUUGUCCAUCCAACCGAACUCAGGUCUCGACUCCAGAUUCGCCUCGGCCGCUUCCGAAUACUUCAAUCGAGCGAUUCUCGAACUUCAUCAGAGUAAAGGAUUGCAUGACUUGGGGGCUAUCAAAUGGGACAUGGCUUUGUGUCUUUUUGCGGUUUAUGUCAUUUGCUAUUUUUCCUUGUGGAAGGGGAUUUCGACGUCGGGAAAGGUGGUCUGGUUUACGGCGCUUUUUCCAUAUGCUGUCUUGCUGAUUCUCUUGGUGCGGGGGAUUACUCUUCCGGGAUCUGCUGAGGGGAUCAAAUAUUAUCUCAAUCCCAAUUUCAACGCAAUCACAUCUGCUGAAGUAUGGGUCGACGCUGCCACUCAAGUUUUCUUCUCUCUCGGUCCCGGAUUUGGGGUUCUCCUCGCUUACGCCUCCUAUAACAAAUACCACAACAAUGUUUACAAAGACGCCAUUCUCACUAGUGUUAUAAAUUCAGCAACAAGUUUUAUAGCAGGUUUUGUGAUUUUUUCCGUUUUGGGAUACAUGGCCCAUGCAGCUGGGUGUUCCAUCCAAGAAGUAGCAACUGAAGGACCUGGUCUUGUUUUCGUCGUAUAUCCUGCAGCUAUUGCCACCAUGCCUGGAAGCAUAUUUUGGGCAUUGAUUUUCUUUAUGAUGCUCCUCACUUUGGGCCUGGAUAGUUCUUUUGGAGGUUCUGAGGCUAUAAUAACGGCCCUCAGUGACGAAUUUCCAAAAAUUGGCCGUCACAGAGAAAUUUUUGUUGCUUGUCUGUUCAGUUUGUACUUUCUAGUGGGUUUGGCCUCGUGUUCCCAAGGAGGAUUUUAUUUCUUUCACUUGCUGGACAGAUAUGCUGCCGGUUAUUCUAUGCUUUUUGCUGUCUUUUUUGAAGCAAUUGCUGUUUCUUGGAUUUAUGGAACGCAAAGAUUUUGUGAUGAUAUUAAGGAUAUGAUUGGUUUUGCGCCGGGCUACUACUGGAGAUUUUGUUGGAAGUUUGCAGCUCCUGUUUUUUUGUUAUUUAUUAUUGUCUAUGGAUUGCUGGAUUAUGAACCUUUGAGUUAUGAAAAUUAUGUCUAUCCAUCGUGGGCAAAUAUUUUGGGAUGGCUUAUAGCAUGUUCGUCAGUUGUUAUGAUUCCAGGGGUAGCCAUUUUUAAAUUACUAACCACACCAGGGUCUUUUAUGAAGCGCUUAAAAAUUUUAAUAACCCCUUGGAGAGACACGCAAAUGAGUAGUCAAGUAAAUGGUGUAGUGCGUUCAGAAAGCACCCAAGUCCGUUUAGCAUCACCAGAAACCCCAGUCCAGCCUCCUUCCGAAGUGUGAGAUAACCGUUUCAGUUGUAAAUUUAAAGAAUAUUAUGUUUAAAUUAUUUUCAAAUUUUCUAUUGGCGCAACAUGUUUUUAUUUUCAUAUCAAAGGGCCUACAAAAUGUUCGAAAGCUGUUGCGGUUUUAGAAAAUUUAUUCAGUACUUAAUUAAUUAAUUAUAGUAAUUAUAACGUAUUUUGUUAACUGUUAACAAUACAAGUUAGUUUUAAAAAUGAAUGUACAAGUCGCUCACAGCUUUAAGACAUCUUUGUUAGUUCGUAGAUUUUGAUACGAUAUUCGAUAAAAAUAAACUAAAAACAGCCAUUAAUAGAAAAUAAAAAUAUUUUAUUAUCUAUUACACUAGAAUAUUUUUAUCGAAUAUUAGUUUUAAAGUGUAUCCAAGUAUAAUAACAAUCGUUAGAUUACUCGUAGACUAUAUAGAAGUAGUAACCCCUAGUUUGAUAUGAAAUGUUUUUAUGUAAAAUUUUGUACAUCGACAAAUAUGACAGACAUACUUGUUAGAAAUAAGGCCAAAGAUCAUUAAACAGCCAUUUAAUGAUCUUAAAAUUUGUUACUAUAGUUUAUAGACGAAAUUUACAAGUUUUUUUAUCUUAAAAUUAAGUAUUUAUUGAUUUUUGAGAUCCUCAACCAAAAAAAAAAAAUGUACUUAUGUGAAAUUGUAAAUGCACUAUUGUGAUAUAGGCAAAUGCUUGAUGUUUAUAGAUACCUAAUAAUAGUUAAGAAACGACUUCCUUUAUAUGUAACUUUUGUUAGAGUAAUUUGAAAAUGUAAGGAAAAGAUUGCUUGUAACAGCCAUUGCAAGCAAUUUUUUAAAGGGUGUAUUUAUAUUUUUGUUUAAUAAAUUUUUAUU